AAUUGGACUGUCCCUUCCUGUUUAGAGCGAGAGAGCCACCGUACCGCCGCGCACCGGAGCAGGAACACGGCCGCUCGCGACGCGAUUAUGUCCGGAUUUCCACUGUGUUUCUCAGAGACGCGGAGCCUUCGUCCCUCCCGCGGGCUGCACAGGUUUCUCCAUUAGAUCCCGCAGUUAUGUUAUUCUCCGGGUAGCUGGGAACGUAGCAGGCCUGUUUACUGCGCUGCCAACCCUUGUUCCUUUCCUGUGUCAAUGAUUGUCCUCCCCUCACUCUCAUGGCGGAGACUAAAAUAAUAUAUCACAUAGACGAGGAGGAGACUCCUUAUCUGGUCAAACUCUCGGUUUCUCCGGAGAAAGUCACCUUAGCGGAUUUUAAAAAUGUCCUCAACAAUCGACCCGUCAAUAGCUACAAAUUCUUCUUCAAAUCCAUGGACCAGGAUUUCGGGGUUGUCAAAGAAGAGAUUUCCGAUGACAACGCCAAGCUGCCGUGCUUCAACGGGCGAGUGGUGUCCUGGCUGGUCCUGGCAGAGAGUGCGCACUCUGAUGGAGGUUCUCAGUGCACGGAGAGCCAUCCAGAGCUCCCCCCUCCUCUCGAGAGGACAGGGGGCAUCGGAGACUCGCGGCCCCCCUCCUUCCACGCCAACGCAGUGAGCAGCCGCGACGGCCUGGACACCGAGACGGGCACGGAGUCCCUCCUGAGCCACCGCAGAGAGCGAGAGAGAGAGCGAGCACGGCGGAGAGCGAGAGAAACUGAGCUCCCUCGCAUCAACGGUCACUCUAAAUCAGAGCGCACUGCCAGGGACUCGGCCAUGGGCUACGACAGCGCCUCGGUAAUGAGCAGCGAGCUGGAGUCCAGCUCGUUUGUUGACAGCGAGGAAGACGAGGACGCCAGCAGGCUCAGUAGUUCCACAGAACAGAGUUCGUCUUCACAGCUGAUGCGGAGACACAAGCGGCGCAGACGGAGACACAAAGUGGCCAAGAUAGACCGGUCUUCGUCCUUCAGCAGCAUCACGGACUCCACAAUGAGCCUGAACAUCAUCACCGUCACGCUCAACAUGGGUAAAACCCGCACGCUCAAACCAAGUCCAUACCUGACUCGGAUCGUCAUUUUUGACGUUGCUGUUUCAUCUGACUCGUUUACAGAGAAGUACAACUUCCUGGGUAUCAGUAUAGUCGGUCAGAGCAACGACCGGGGCGACGGCGGGAUAUACAUCGGCUCCAUCAUGAAGGGAGGGGCCGUCGCCGCUGACGGAAGAAUCGAGCCCGGAGACAUGCUCCUCCAGGUGAACGAUGUCAAUUUCGAGAACAUGAGCAAUGACGACGCCGUGAGGAUCCUGAGAGAGAUUGUUUCCAAAACGGGUCCCAUUAGUCUUACUGUUGCCAAAUGUUGGGAUCCCUCUCCGAGAAGCUACUUCACCAUCCCUCGUGCUGAGCCAGUGAGGCCCAUCGACCCUGCAGCCUGGAUAUCACACACCACAGCCCUGACAGGACCUUACCCACACUACGAGUUUGACGACUUGCCUCUAUCUGCAAGUAAAACAGACAUGGCGACUAUUGUCAAAGUGAUGCAGCUGCCAGACUCUGGUCUAGAGAUUCGAGACAGGAUGUGGUUGAAGAUCACAAUUGCCAAUGCCAUAAUCGGUGCUGACGUGGUGGACUGGCUUUACUCCAGAGUAGAAGGAUUCAAGGAUCGACGGGAUGCUCGGAAGUACGCGAGCAGCCUGCUGAAGCACGGCUACCUGAGACACACUGUCAACAAGAUCACCUUCUCUGAGCAGUGCUACUACACGUUUGGAGACCUCUGCCAAAAUAUGGCAUCACUCAAUCUGAACGAGGGAUCCAGCGGCGGAGGCUCCGAGCAGGACACCUUGGCGCCGCUACCUCCCCCCAGCAACCCCUGGCCUCUGGGCGGGCAGCCAUUCCCUUACCCUCCUUUUCCCUCCGCGCCCCCCAGCUUCCCGCCGGGAUACUCAGAUCCAUGCCACAGUUUCCACAGCGGGAGCGCAGGCAGCCAGCACAGCGAGGGAAGCCGAAGCAGUGGAUCCAACCCCAGUGCAGGCAAAGGUAGACGCUCCUCCCCGCAGGAGAAGGGUCAAAGGUCAACAUGCAGCGAAUCUGAGCCAGGCGUUCGUGGAGGGAGGCGCGGCGACAGGUCCGCCAGCCAGAUGAGCCAUCACAGCCACGCCAUCUCCAGCCACAGCCACGCCCGGUCCAGCCUCAGCCACAGGAGCCACGCGCUCUCGCAGAACAGCCACGCCCCCUUCACCUACAGCCACGCCCCCUUCACCCAGCCGGGGCCGGGCUCCUGCGCCCAGAGCGAACGGAGCCACGCCUCCUCCUACGGCCCCCCCGGCCUGCCUCCCCCUUACUGCCUGGCCCGUCUGGCCCCCAAGACCCCGGUCAGCAGCAGCACGCCGCCCGGAGCUCCCCCUGGGAGGGAGUUAGCGGCCGUGCCGCCGGAGCUCACCGCCAGCCGCCAGUCCUUCCAGCAUGCUAUGGGCAACCCCUGUGAGUUCUUCGUAGACAUCAUGUGACAGGACAGUGCCUUCAAACCUCAGUGAGCACAAACCCAUUCUCCUUGAACCCCUCCCACGCGCCUCCCCAACUUCAGAAUGUAGACUCUCCACGUGGCCCCCUGCUGUCUGUCUCUUCCCCUGACGUCCCAGCGAAGGCGAACAGGCAGCGGCGAGCACUGAGGAGGGAGACAGGAGGGCGUCCUCUCGCACGCAGGCUGGAAACCCUCUUUUGUAUUGACGUGACGUGUACAGUUUGUGAAACGUGAGUGGUAUUCAGUGCGGUGAUUUCUUUGAAGCUGCCACGCAGACGUUCCGGCGAGCGCGUGCUCCACCUGGGAUGUUUUCUGUUCUGCUCCACCUUCACGCUGGCCGGGCCUGGAUCUCAAUCCCCCAGACCCACAACCACGAUGAAGCUCUGUCCCUGGGCCUGGAACUUGGACUGGAUCUCCUGACUCACGUCUGCGUGCGCAGACGAAAUCUCACCUCUGACCCCGUUCCUUUGACGCGGCGGCGGCGCCAUCAGCUUAUUUAAGCUCUUACCUGCCAACUACUAAAACGCUAACCCCGAUCGGAUCACGAUCCGUAGAUUUCUUCGACUUCAGAAGGGAGACCCUGUAGCCAGCCAUUAGAUUAACAAGGCUGUGUAUUGCAUGACUGUCUCAACUGCUUUAAAGAAAUUUUUAAUUCAUUUUGUUAAGUAUUACCAUUGUUGGGGGGAGGACGUUACCUCUUGCCAAUGUUCUAAAGGAAAAAUUCGUACACUGGAUGAUUUUUUGUGAUGUUAUUUAUGUGAUCAUGUUGCAUUGAUGGUGUCAUACUUUGUCUACUACAGUCGACUGACAGACAAUCAGACAUCGCCCUUUGUGAAUCAGUGGUCAGUUUCUGCUGUCCUCGCUGUGCUUUGUCGAAUGUAUCAUUAAUCCCCCGUCGGUGAUCGAUCUCCUGGCAUUCAGAACACUUCGGUUUGAACAAAUCCACGCUAAUAAAUCGACAGGAUUGCAAACAGUGGACAGCCGCCGUGGCUGUGUACGCAAAAGCUCAAGAGAUAAGCCGCUCCUGCGUGGCUGUCUCCUUCAAAAGGUUCGAUUAACGUCAGCGCGAUAAAAGCCAAAGCCUCACAUUCUGUGGUGGACAUUUCCUUUCGAUGUUGAAGUCGUCUGUGGUGUCAGUCUUUUUAUGAUUAUCACCCGAAUCUUCUCUCUCUGAGUUGAAGGUGACGUCAACGGAAACGGAUGAUUAUCUCGUUACGAAGCGACAUCACAGUCCAGCUGUAUCUACCUAAAAGUAUUCUCACCAGAGGUAAACAACACACACUAGUUUUUGAGCACUUUUGCAUUUUUUCUCCCCCCCGUCCUUUAGUAUGAAACACUGUUUGCAAUCAAAGCUUUCUCUUUAAUUUUGUUUCUUUACAAAAGAAGAAUAAAUUGUAAAUAGAAAUUUAUUAUAUAUAUGAAUAAAAAUCUAUAUGUUC